AUGGACGUUUAUGCUAAUUAUAUGAUUCAACAAAAUGGAAUAAGACAGGAACAACAACCAACUUUAGGCCAAAUGAAACAAGAAUUUGCUCCAUACUCGGGGUCAUCAUCACAAGCAACGGUAACUGGUAAAUUUGUGGCUAUGCCACUGCUUCAACAGACUGGCAAGGUGUUUGUUGGGCCGGGCCAGCACAGAGAAGCUCAACUAAUUGGGCUUGGUCUUAGAAAGUUGAGAACAUUUGAGAGGGAAGAUAUAGAACGCGCAAAACGAUAUGCUCUUGAUCAGUCUGUAAAAUUUGUUAUGCUAAAGCAAAGAGAAGCGCAUCAACAACAAAUGUCUCGCAUUUACAUUGGGUCAAUCAAUUUUGAUAUAGGUGAGGAUCAUCUCCGCAUGAAUUUUUCUCCGUUUGGCCCAAUAAAGGUAGUGUUUGAGAUUUAUGUUUUGUCCACAUUUUUCAAUUUAAAACAGAUUGUGAACAUGUGUAGAGAUCCAGCAACUGGGAGUCACAAAGGUUUUGCUUUUGUCGAAUAUGAGGUGCCGGAGGCUGCCCAACUUGCGCAAGAGCAAAUGAAUGGAAAAAUGAUGGGAGGAAGAAGCAUUAAAGUUUCACCAGUUACGAGACCGACAAAUAUGCCUCAAGCGCAAUCCAUUAUUGGUUCUCGAUUUGUUAAAAUAAAUUCUGAAUAUUUUUUAGAUAUGAUCGUCAGUGAGGCUCGCAAAUUUAAUCGCGUAUAUGUGUCCUCCAUUCAUCCAGAGUUGCUAGAAGAGGAUUUGCGCAGUGUUUUUGAGGCAUUUGGUGAAAUUCAGAAAUGUAUGUUGGCUAAGGACGCAUCUGGACGACACAGGAGCUUCGGGUACAUCGAGUUCUCAACCCAACAAGCAGCAAAAGAAGCAGUAGAAGGAAUGAAUGGCUUCAAUUUUGGUGGUCAGUGCUUAAUCAUAUGUCGUGCUAUUACUCCACCUGAUGCACUUAGCUAUUUGAGUGCAACACCAAACCCAUCUGGCGUUCUACCUGCAGCAACAGCUAUGGCAAUGGCGGCAAGUUUUUGA